AUGCCGUUCGCCGAUGAAAUGAAUGUCACCUGUGAAGCUGACAGCAACUCUCCAGCUAAUGAAAAAUUGAAUAGUGCGCUGCCCGAGACGGCGAAGAUGGCGGCGAUUCAGAGAGUGGUGGAGAGAGUGGGGGAGACGGCGCCUGGCGCGCUGCGGGGGCUGGCGCCGCCGCCGCUGGUGAUGGUGGACGUGCUCUCGACGAUCAUAACGGCGAGUGUGCUGGUGACGAUGCUGGCGGUGAUCAUCAUUGCGGCGAUGGCGGCGGAAGUGGAACAGCAGCGACUGAAUGUGGUGGAAGACAGGGAGGGGGCGGCGCCGGCGCCGGGCGAGUCUCUCGGUGGCUGACGAGAACACGAGGUGGCAAGGCGCGAACUUGGGCAACACAACGGAGGAGGAAGUGUUAACACAACAGGGAGCGGAUAAAUAGAGUUCCCAAUUAAAUAUUAUAUUUUUAUCCUUGUACGAUAUCGAAUUAUAUUAUCAGGAUAUCGAGGUUUUAAAUAUAUUAAAUAAUAUAAUGAAUUUGAAAAGGUUCAUUAAAUUUAAUAUUCUAUGGUAAUUGACUUCAAUCAGGGCUUGUUUUUCAAAAAUUGACAUUGUCGUAAUAAAUGAAUAUCACGAAAACAUCGGGUUUGUAUUUUAAAAUUCGAAAUGUGUCAUAAAGGAAAUUAAAUUCAUUGCGACAGAAGUGAGCAUUUAGUGAAGAAAUCACAAUAGGAGUGCAGUAUGAUGACAGUGCCCAAGUUUUAAGGCCGUACCCGAAAUAAAUGAUUUGAUGGAUAGGUGAUUAUGAAAAUAUGAUAAGAAAAUUAAGUGAUCGUGAAAAGAGAAGCAGGGAC